AAGGUCGUUCGACCUCAACCGGAAUAUGGCCUGGCUGUCAUAAAAUCUGAAAAAUCUGUCAUUAAUCACUUGGAGAAGCUCAAAACGCUCAACCUAAAAAAAACCGUAAUGGUUCGUCUCACUCCGUCAGUAGUCAUCAUGCGCCAUCUACUGAAGUUACUUAGUAUGCAGAAGCGUCCCUAUAUUCUUCAAGCCGAUUUUAUGCUUCAGCACCCAACGCUUCCUGAUAAUGCUCUGCUAAAGCGUCUUCUUCCUCAAAUAUUCCCAUCUUGA